AUGGCGGAGGACCUACCAAGGUUGACACCUCAAUCUGCUCUAAAGAUGGACCAGUGGAAGAUGGCGGCGGCAACACAUGUCAUCAAGGGCGAGCUCUUGUGUACCACGCAGUACCAGCAAGACUGGAUCAGGGCCGUGUAUGGUUGUGAUACUCAGGUCAGUGCAAUGGAGAUCCUUCUGUCUACGAGUGAGGCGAAUGGCUGGGAUUUCAAUCUGUCGCACAAGUAUGAAGACUACCGCUCUGUUAUACCCGCCGAUGAGGUCCUGGAUGUGAAGUACACUAAACCGAGUGUAACACUCAGCUUACACUUCGUCAUGGUUAAAAUGCUCUUUGUCGACAGCAGCAGGCAUCCCGGGCCCGUCGGCGCCACGGCCACCAGGCUGCUCUGCGCCGCUGUGCGGCUGGAGCCGGAGGAGAUCGUCCUCAGCUUCCCGUGGGGCGUAGAAUUCCAAGACCGGCGGAACCUCGUCCGGCUGCCGUGCUUCCAGCGGACCAAAUCUCUCAUGAUGGAAAGGCUUCUCUUCUACUGCCCCGACGGCGAGUUCACCGCGCUCCGGACGCUGUCCAUCUCCUACGGCCUGGGCGGCCUCCACAGCUUGCUCCCCCGAUGCCCGCACCUCCUCGUGCUCAGCCUCAAGUUUGUCAACGAUGGCUUCGGACUUGUCCAGAACGGGUCGAUCUCACUCCACCUGCCAUCGCUGCAGGAACUUUUCCUUGAAAGCAGCAUAAUGUACGCAGAUGCAGUCGACAUCGUCGCCCCUCUGCUGAAGCGACUCACGGUGUCCUUCGGCACAUACAAGCUGGUCAGCAGCUUCUCCGUCUCGGCGCCGAUGCUGGAGAAGGUUUCGUGGCAUUCGUGGUAUUUGGGGGACGGGAGCAUCGUCCGGUUUGGUCGUUGGAGCCUCCAGAAGUUGUGGCUACACACAGGAAAUACACAGGGGCAGCUUCCUUCUUCGCUCCACAUUAGUGCCUCUGCCUCCAAUAGCUCCUGGUUUACUUCCAAUGAAGACAACUUUGCCCAGGAGAUAGAGAAGCACCUGGUUGCUGAUUUCUCUCUUUUGGAGCUACGUCUCCUCAAAGCCGGACAUGUUUUUGGAGCACUGGUGUUUCAUCUCCUCGGGAUCACUCGUAUUUCUAGAGGUAUACAGAGGCUUAAGAUCGUCCUAGAGAGAUCACGGCUGAAAGGAAAAUGCUCGCCAAACUGUUCAUGUCAACCCACAAACUGGAGAUCUCAAACAAUCUCCUUAACUGCUCUUGAAGAAGUGGAAAUCAAUGGCUUCGAAGGACAGGAACAUGAGUUUGAUUUAUUGAAAUUAAUACUCAAAUGUGCACCAGUGCUUAAAAAGAUGAUACUGCAGCUGUCACGGGAGGCCUCAUCUAAUAACAGUGGAAGCACUAAAAUAUAUGACAUCUGCAGAACCUAUUCUUCAGUGGACUUCUUUGUUUAUGAGAGCUCUAGGCUAAUCCAUGGCGGCCAAAUUUAUCCAUUGACAUGAUUCCUGUCCUUACAUUGGCGGAUUCAAGUGCUCAUCGACAAACAUCACCCUUUUCCCAUUAUGAACAAUCAAUUACCUAGUCUCAAGACUUUGUUCGGUUGCUUGGACAGAACUUAUCAUGUGCAUGUUGUAUUACCAGUGUAUUGUAGCUCUUUAUAUGGAGCUCAGUUAAAUCUUGAUUGGUUUCAAUGCACUCAACCAA